AUGCUUGGGGGAUACCGUGUUUUCUAUGCGCUGAACUGGAUCUACAAGAAGAUCAACAUGCCUCGCUACUCCGACAUCCAGUCUUGGAUUGGUGGCCUGGUCGAGAUAAUGUUUUUCCUCGACUUCUUGAACUACAGGUUCACUGGAAACAGCAUCCUGCGGUCCUUCGUCCUGAAAGUUGAUACCAAAAUCAACGAAAUCAGUGACCAGGUGGAAUCGAAAGUGCUGGGUUCAACCUCGCGAUCAGAGCGUGCUGACACUGAAGGUGGCGAGAUGAGGAGGCGGCGGAAGCAAGACGAAGAUCGUCCGAUGGAGGACUCAGUUGCUCGUAGAGUUUCAAGACGGAAACUCUUACCAGUAGAAUUUGGUAGAGAGAGAGAGAGAGAGCGAGUACGUGUCGCCAAAAGAGUGUGGAAGAAGAGAGAGAGAGAGGUACAUCUUUGCUCAUCUUGUAUUGGUUGUUGUCGUGAAAGUUGGAAAAGGCCGCGUGCGAACCCUGCUCUGUCCCCAAACACUGGGAACACAAAGGUGUAUACCAUGUACCUUUUCUCGACCCCCACGCCUGAUACGAGUUUAUUACUUGUGUUGAUGUUUCUCUUCUGA